UUUUUCUGCUAUCACCAUCACUAGCAGAUCGAGCAGCCCGUUGUGAAAUACGCCAUUCCAAAAUUAUCAGCAAAUCAGCGGAAAUCCCGAACUGAUACACCACCACCAUCCAACGGAAUGUCGCACUUCACCUGUUUGAACUGCGAUGCCCGCUUCGCCAGCGCGGAUGUGCAGCGGGAUCACUACAAGACGGACUGGCACCGCUACAACCUGAAGCGCAGGGUGGCCCAGCUGCCGCCCGUGACCGCCGAGGAGUUCCAGCAGCGCGUGCUGAGCGCCCGCAGCGCCACCGAUGCCGCCCUGGAGGAGCAGAACCUGAGUGUCUACUGCCAGGCCUGUCGCCGCCAAUUCGGUAGCCAGAAGGCCCACGACAACCACCUGAACAGCCGCAAGCACAAGGAGCUGCUGGCCCGCUUCGAGCGGAACCAGAUGACCGCCAGUGGCGGCAGUGCCAGCACCACGGCGUCCGUCUGCACGCGCAGCGUCCUGGAGCCACGCCCACAUCCCGCCCUGGCCGCUGCAGCGGCUGGCAAGGGUCGACUGGCCUUCGCCGAGCGGACAGCCAAGGCGGACGAUGGCGAGGAAAUGGACGCGGAGUACGAUGACGACGACGAGUUCGAGGAUAUUGAGGAGGAGGAGGUGGACUCCGAUGAGUGGGACAAGAUACCCGAGAACCCGCUUACAGAGCGCGACUGUCUGUUCUGUGCACACACUAGCGAGGAUCUGGUGGAGAACCUAAAGCACAUGUCCGUGGCGCACUCCUUCUUCAUUCCGGACACCGAAUACUGCACGGACAUCGAGGGCCUGCUGUACUACCUGGGCGAAAAGGUGGCCAACUAUUUCAUCUGCCUGUUUUGCAACGAUCGCGGCAAGACUUUCUACUCCCUGGAUGCGGUGCGCAAGCACAUGGUCGACAAGGGCCACUGUCAGAUGCUGCACGAGGGCGUGGCACUGGCCGAAUAUGCCGAGUACUACGACUAUAGCUCCAGUUACCCCGAUAAUAAAGAGGGCAUGGACAUUGAUGACGAGGUGGUGCCGGAUCUGCUCGACGGCGAUGAGUACCAGUUGGUGCUGCCCUCCGGCGCAGUCAUCGGGCAUCGAUCCCUGCUCCGCUAUUACCGCCAGCGUCUGCGGCCGGAGCGCGCCGUGGUGCUGCAGAAGUCCGACCGCAAGCUGCACCGCGUGCUCAGCGAGUACCGGGCACUGGGAUGGACGCACACCCAACAGUUGUCCGCCGCUCGCAAGGCUCGGGAUAUCCAUCUGAUGAAGCGCGUGCAGUCCAAGUGGCAGAUGAAACUGGGCUGCAAGGCCAACAAGCUGCAGAAGCACUAUCGCGCCCAAGUUCUGAUCUAAUCAUUUAGCUUUCAUCCCGUGUGAUUGUACAAAAUUAAAUAAAAAUAAAAAUACAACUCGA